GAAGUUGGACCUAUAAACGACGGUGCCAGCUUUGUCGGUAGCGAGCUAUCUAGAAGCAGCAGAAAGUCAUCGAAUCGGAUGGUAACAUGGCGAGGCGUUACAUUCCAUCGUCCGAGAAGCGCCCUCCUGCAGGAACAUCCGAUCUUCAUCGAGAUGAAAAAGCUGCUUCAGGAGGACCCCCGUCUGUUGCCAUCGCUGCUCCAGAAGAUCCAAUCGAGUAAUCCGGAUCUGAUGGGUAGCAUUUGGGAAAAUCAGAUGAAGUUUUUGGCACUUUUGAAUGAUGGGACCGAUGAGCUGAAAUAGGAAAAUAGGCGCAACGUUAGGCGCCUGAGCAGCAUGACGAUAAGUCCGAUGAGUGGGUUGGGGAAUCAGUUCGAUCCACUGCAGACUGUUGAUUGUCCGGAAUGUAUUGAGCCCCUGAAGGAUUCUGCAGGUGAUGCUGUCCAAUUGCUAGUCAUCCUCAAGUGCAGCAAAGCUCCAGCUCAGCGCUGCUCGUGGGUGGUGGUGAAGGUAGAUUAACUGAAUAUGUUAAUAUUGAAAAAGGCUUAAGCAGUAUUUACAUGAUGCAACAGUUAUUUGAAAAA